AUGGAGACCACCAUAACGGGUGAAUUGGUUGGACGGCGAGUUCAAAUCACAACCGAUGAUGGUAUUUACAAAGGAUUGGUUAAAACGUUUAAUGCUGCUUUAAUGAAAAUAACUCUAUACAAUGUAUUUUCCUGCUCUACCAACAAGCCACUUCAUGGUCUUCAUCAUUUUUAUGAACAUGAGAUUAAAGAGUUUGUUCCAGUUGGCAGGACAGCAAGUGUGAAAAGUUUAGUAUUGUCAGAACAGCAGAAGAAAGGGAAGAUUCUAAACAAACAUCCUGAAAUUCCUCAAGUAGAUGGCAAGUUUCAUAAACACUUCCAGCAUUAUCAGAAAAAUUGUGGAAUCAAAACAAGACACAUUGGACCACUAAACUUUUUGAUAAAUUGUGGUAUAACUGAUGAUGAUGUUCUAGAGGAAGCUGCCAGGAGAGCAGAAGGAAAAGAGGAUUCAGGAUAUACUACUCACUGCAAGAAUGGACAAACAGAACCAACAAAUGUUCCUCUUUCAGAAGAGGAGGAGGAGCAUUUUCAACCUCCAACUCUACGCUUUCAAUUAUCUGCAGAUUUUGUUGUGAUUGAUGAAAUUGGAGAUGUAUUCUUUGAUGCUGUAAACUGCUUGAAGAAUCAGGCUAUUAUAGGAGUUUCAAUGGAACCAGGGAGUAUCAAUAGAACAGGUGAACUUUGUUGGUUGUCGAUUGGAACUAAAGAUUAUGUUUUUCUGUAUGAUAUUUUUUCACUUGGAAAACAAGCUUUCCAACAAGGGCUAAAAGAAAUCAUGGAAAGUUUAUCAAUUCUGAAGGUAAGAAAAUUUUUUGGGAAACUUUUUUAUUUUAAACUGUUAUAUAAAAAAAAAAUAAUAAUCCACUCUUUGCUUAUAGCUUGGGCCGUAAGAAGAUAUAAAAUUACAUGUGUAACACAAAUAGUUGAAGAAAUUGGCGAUGUCUUGGUGCAGAGACAAGAAAAUGAAAAAUUACGAUGUCAGACCAGACAUUUAAGUUCCUGUUUAACAGAUUAUCUUCAGUUGUCUAACACUGAAAUCUGUGUGAAGUGGUUCAGCCAGGAUCUUUUAAAUAAAGACACUGAAGUUUGGAAACGUAGGCCACUUCCUCCAAUCCUACUUGAGGCUGCAGUGAAACGUGUUAUAUAUCUGAGGGAGUUGCGUGUGGCUGUAAUGGAAAAACUUUUAACUGAAUUCACAUCUGCAGUUAAUUCAAGCUUAAGCCUUAUAAGAGACAUGAGUCAUGAAGAAUUGGAUAAUAGUGCAUCAUUUUCAGUUAUUUUACCACCCAUCUUCAGUAACCUCCAAAGCAAGCCUAGAAAAAAAGCAAGUCAAUCUCCUAAGUUUUUACCACCAGGAAAUUUGCAUCAGGAAGACAAAUUCUGGCACACUUUCCCAUCACAGGAAGAGUUGAAUUUGAAAAAUACCCCUACAUUGUGGAAAUCAACAAAUUCGGAAGGGGAAAAUCAUAUCCAUCAAAAAAUAGAAAUAUCCAACAAAAAUACAAACUUCCAAAGACACUGGACAAAGAAACAAAAAUAUGAAGAGGUUAGAAGAACUGGCUUGGAUAGGGCAAAUGAAACAUCAUCACCAUCAGAGACAGACAAGCAGAAACAAAAUCAGGCAUUGCAAAGGAUAAAUAAAAAAGGUCUGUCAAGCAAAAAUUGGGACAUCCAACAGAAGGAAGCACAUGUAAUUAGUAACCAUACGAAAAAGAAAAAAGUAUCUUGGCCCUCUGUUUCUGAGAGUGAAAGUCCAUCCAAUUCUCAAUGUGUACAUGGUUUUAAAAAUUUAGAAAUUAGUAACAAAGAAAAAGCAUUAUCUUCACAGAAACAAUGCAGUAGUGAACAUUUUACACUUAGUAGCUCAAACUAUGAUCUUGUUCCUUUAAAAGAUAAACUAAGUGAUACUGUAUCUAAUUCUGUGGAUGGAAGGUAUCAAGAGACAAACUUUUGGCCAAAAGUGAAACCAUCAACAUCAAGUUUAACCAUCAUUCCUGCAGGAAUGCAACAAGAACUGAGAAAUAGUAGUACUCAGGCCACAGGUACAAAUAAUGACAAAGAUAAUUCUGCCUCCCAGACUUCAAUGAGAUCAAAGUCAUAUUUCUGUAAGAACUUUGUUACAAGUACACCAAAAGGAUAUACUCUUCAGUCUCAGAGGAAUUGCACUUUAGUACACAGUUUUACUGCAACAAAUGAAAAUGCCAUUACUGGUGAAUCAGAUCAAGAAAUGAAAAAUGCUAAAUAUGAUGAUUUUAAUCAGCCCUUACCAUUUUCCUGUCCAGGUCAUGUACAUCAGCCCGUUGGAGGAUUAGCUAAAGUACCUGCAGGACCAGAGCUACAAGUUUGCUGUAAGAGCAGCAAAAAUCUGUUGGAUGAUUCUGAAGACUUACUAAACAGAGUAGAAAUUUCAACUGUCUCUUCUAAAUCACAAUCAUUAGCUCAACAAAGUGAUUAUGAGGAACUGUCCAAUCAUUCUGUCAAACAGUCAGACAGAACAAGAAGCUUAAAUGAAACAUCCAAAUCCCAGUCACUACUACAUAAUUCAAGCAGUGAAAAUAUGCUAAAAGAUUCCAUAAAUCAUCAAGUUAAUACAAAGACAGAUUCUAUGAGAAAAGAAAAAUCAGUUUUGUAUGGAAUGUUAGAAGCUUUACUGUCCAACAGAACAUAGAUAAAAAAUUCCAAAAUAGUUUUAAGUUACUAUUCCCUCAUCAUUUUUGUUUUAUAAAAAAAAAAGAAUUCAUAAGGUUUGUGUUAUGUAAUCAUUUAUUAUGUCUCUUGCUUUACUGUACAAGUCCUUUAUAAAUUGAAUGAGAAACAUGAAAUAUAUUAUACAGGACUUACAAACUUAAAAUUUUCCUCAAUGAUGGGAUAAGGAAGACAAAAAAAUUUAUAAAUGCUUGCAAAACCUAAUUCUGAGAAGUUAUAAAUAUGUUUGUUAUUUCCGAUUCACUCUUAAAAUGAACAUGCUCAUUAAAUGUUACCAAAUGAAUACAUUAUUCAUUAUCUGUACAUAUAACAUCAGCAUCAAUUUUUACUGGGAUGUCAUAGUUAGUAGACUCUUCUCCCAGGUUUAAUAGCAUUACAAUAAAUUUUGAUACAUAGAUAUUCCCUAAAGUUUCAUGAGCUAAGUUUUAAACUAGUGAGUAAAUUGUGUUCAGUUGUAAGUAGUAAACAAUAAUCUGUGAUUCAGUUUUUAUUU